UCAUAACAGACAUAACUACCGGAGGAAGAUAUAUAACGAUUUCCAAGCUUUUGAAAUAUCUAAAAUGGCACUCCCUCGUCUCUGUCCCAUUCUUUCUCCUCUCUCAUCAAAAUUUUAUUGCCUCAGAAGAUAUAAGCAUUGCUCGGCAACUUCGAAAGCCUUUGACUUUCUUCGUCUGCUAAAGCUCUGCAAGGCUAGCGAGGAUUUGAAACGUGUCUACUCUCUUCUUGUUGUACAUGGUCUCAAUGGCGACGAGCUUUUUCUGGGAGAGUUUUUCAGGUCUUGUUUUCACGUGGGUACUUCUCAUUUGGCUUUCUCUGUGUUUAGACGAAUCGAAAAGCCCAGACUUAGUUUUCAGAACUUGAUGAUCAGAUGCCUCUGCCAGUACGGCUUAUACGACGAUGUCUUGUCUCUCUAUCUCCAUUGUCGUUUCUUGGGUUGUUCUUUUGAUGAGUUCACGUUUCCAUCCGUAAUCAAGGCUUGUGCGGCUCUGGGUGCUAUCAGGACUGGAAAAGAGCUCCAUUGCUUUGUUUUGAGAACUGGGUUUGGAAAGAACCUUGUUAUUGAGACUGCUUUGGUUGAUUUUUAUGCGAAAUAUGGUCGUAUGAAGAGUGCACGUGAUAUGGUUGAUGGAAUGUCGAACCCAGAUUUGGUAUCCUGGAACGCAUUGAUCUCUGGUUAUUCGUUAAACGGACUUGAUAGGGAAGCUGUAGAGGUUUUCAGGGGGAUUUUUGGGGCGGGUUUGAAGCCAGAUUUGAGCACUUUGGCUAGUAUGAUUCCUGUUUGCACACGUCUUGGUUGGAUUGAAGUUGGUAAAUCUCUGCAUGGCUUUGCUGUGAAAUAUGGAUAUUUUAGCAAUGAUUUUCUGGUUCCUGCUCUCAUUUCAAUGUAUGCUGGUAACAUGGAUUCAUGUACUGCCAGAAACUUGUUUGACACUGUACUACAGAAAAAUAGUUCUGUUUGGAAUGCUAUUAUCUCUGCUUACACCCAAAUGGAAAUGCCAACGGCAGCCUUUGUCAUGUUCCGGUCAAUGCUUCGUGAUGACAAACAACCUAAUACAAUCACUUUCAUCUCUAUCAUUCCUUCAUGUGCAAAUCUGAGUAGCAUGUCAUUUGGCGAAUCUAUUCAUGCUUCGGCCAUUAGACAAGGGUCAGACAAUCAAGCUCCUAUAAUGGCAGCUCUUCUUUCAAUGUAUGCCAAGCUAGGUGAUAUCAAUUCAGCCAGUUAUAUAUUUCAUCAGAUGCCCAGUAGAAAUAGACUUUCAUGGAAUUGUAUGAUUUCUGGUUAUGUGUACAACGGACAAUGGGAAUCAAGUUUAGGCGCCUUCUGCGAAAUGCAAUUUGCAGGAUUCAAUCCAGAUGAAGUUUCCAUUGUCAGCAUUCUCUCCGCCUGCUCCAAACUAGAGGCUCUUCUGCUUGGUAAGUCUGUCCAUGCCUUUUAUUUAAGAAAGGGUUUUGAUUCAAACCUUAAUGUGUCAAAUGCACUGCUGGGAUUUUACACUGGUUGUCACAAGAUUUCCUCUUGUUUGAAUUUAUUCAAUGAAAUGCCUGUAAGAAAUGUCAUUUCAUGGAAUACUUUGAUAUCGAUUUGCAUACACAAUAAAGAAAUAGAAACAGCAGAUUUCGUUCUUCACCAAAUGCAAAAAGAGUGCCAAGAACUGGAUCCAGUGACCCUGAUAAGCAUACUCCCUAAUUUCAGUGAGAAGAAAAAUAUGAGACAAGGAAUGGCCAUUCAUUGCUAUGCUGUCAAAACUGGGUUUUUACGAGGCGUUUCUCUUGUUAAUUCACUUAUUACCAUGUACUGUAACUGUGGAGAUCUUGAUGCCGGGAAGUUGCUUUUCGAAUUCUUGCCUGAAAAGAGUUUGGUGUCUUGGAAUGCUAUGAUGACCGGCUUUCGUCACCACAGUUUACAUAAGGAGGUUAUGGUAUUAUUUGGCGAAAUGACAAGGGAUAGAAAGAAGCCAAAUCAUAUAACAUUGCUGAAUUUAUUGCCUGCCUGCUACAGCCGAUUGCAGGGUAAGUCUGUCCAUGCUUUUGCACUUAGAGCAGGAAUCAUUGUUGAAACCACCAUUGUUACAUCUCUAAUAAUCAUGUAUGCUAGAUUUAACGAUCUUAGAUUCUGUCUCCUACUGUUCCAAAUGGGAAAAAAAGAAGACAUUUCCCUGUGGAAUGCUAUCAUGUCUGUACAUGUACAAACAAAAAAUACUGAAAAGGUCAUCACCUUCUUCUUCGAUUUGCUUCAGUUGAGAUUGGAGCCUGACAAUCUAACCAUACUGAGCCUAAUUUCUGCCUGCGUUCAGCUAAAUAGCCUAAAGUUCACCAAGUCUGUUAACGCUUACUUGAUACGCAAGGGAAUUGAUAAAGAAGUGACUAUCAGCAAUGCCCUUGUGGAUUUGUAUGCAAGAUGUGGAAACAUUUCAGUUGCAAGAAAGAUAUUUGAUCGCUUGAAGGGAAAAGAUGAUAUUUCUUGGAGUGUGAUGAUCAAUGGGUAUGGAUUACAUGGUGACGGUAAAGCUGCACUUGAUCUUUUUACACAGAUGGAACUUUCAGGGAUAAAGCCUAAUGGGGUCACAUAUUCAACCAUUUUAUCAGCCUGCAGCCACUCUGGCCUAGCCGAGGAAGGCCGCAGGAUCUUCAACUCCAUGGCACGGGAUGGGAUAUCGCCUGGAGCAGAGCACUACGCUUGCUUGGUGGACCUCCUAGCUAGAACAGGUAACUUGGUGGAGGCUUAUGAGAUUGUUGAAGGGCUUCCUUUUACACCGUCCACAAGCACACUUGAGGCUCUUUUGGGUGGUUGCAGCAUCCAUGGAAAUGUUGAACUUGCAGAAAAAACUAGUAGGAAACUGUCUGAAUGGGACCCUGAAAACUCGACAUCUUAUGUAAUGCUCCACAAUAUCUAUGCAGCUAGUGGAAGGUGGAACGAUGCAGAGAAAGUGAGGUGUGAGAUUGGAAAAAGAAGAUUAAGAAAAAUACCUGGGUUUAGUCUUUUUCUAAAAGGUGAUUAGGAGGAGUUAAUCAAAAUGAUUCUUGUUUGGCAGUUUAGAUUAGAAAUAUGGCCAUGAUAGAGCGACAAAUAGUUUGUUCUUA